GUCUGUUCAAUUGAUGAAUAAUUGAGUUACAGGAAAAAAUUUUACAUUACAACCACAACAGCAGUCGAUCAUCAAUCGAUUAUUCGAUGAAAUGUUGAAGAAAAUAGGCAUUUUCACUGGAUUAAUACCAUGGAUUUUAAUGAUAAUCACGGCAAUCAUACCUGAUACAGAAAUUUUAUUUGGUUUUGAUAUUCUGGCUAAAACUUAUGACGUUGAAUUGCCCGAUUCAUUUAGCGGUCCAUUAAUUGUUAAUCGAUGGCUAUCAUUAGCCGAUCAUCUUUAUGAACGAGAAAUUCGUGGCCCAGAAUCAUUUGCCACAUGGAAUGGAAAUGUUUAUGCAAGUUUAGCAGAUGGACGAAUAAUUCAAUUAUUAACAGACAAUUAUCGAACAGUAACAUUUUUGAAUCCAGAAAAUCGUAGCCAAGAAGAAUGCCGAAAAAAUUUUCAAUCUUCAAUGGGUCAUUGUGCACGCCCAUUGGGCUUGAGAUUUUCAUCGAAAGGCCAACUGUAUGCUAUUGAUCCAUAUCAUGGUAUAUUCGAAAUCAAUAUCGAUAGUGGCCAUUAUCGGUUAUUGGUGGACAUUGACAAACAUCGAUUACCUGAUGGUGAAAGUCCAAAAUUUUUAGAUGAUUUAGUUUUGAUUGAAAAUCCAGAUGAUGAUGAUACGAUGUUAAUUUAUAUGACUGAUGCUAGUCAAAAAUGGUUACUUCAUGAUGUUUACUAUACUGUCGGAGAAAUGGAUGAAACGGGUCGUUUAUUAUCAUUUAAUACUAAAACUCAACAAUUGCGAAUUGAAUUGGAUAAUCUGGCGUUUCCGAAUGGACUAGUACUUAACGAAAAUAAAACAACAAUCCUUUUGAAUGAAUUCAACAAAAGACGUAUACUUCGAUAUCGUUUGGAUAGACCGGGCCAUUAUGAUAUACUUGUUGAUGGUCUUCCAGGUGAACCAGAUAAUAUCAAACGAUCGUUGAAUAAAAACCAAGAAACCUAUUGGAUAGGUUUGUUUACCGGCAGAAAUCAUCAUAAACCAUCAUUUUAUCUGGACACAAUGGCAAAACAUCCAUAUUUGAAACGAACAUAUUUUCGAAUGAUACGUAUGAUUGGAUUUCUAUUUGAAAAUAUUGGCAGAUUAUUAUUAUGUUGGGAUCGUUUAACUCAAUUUGGAUAUGAUAUUCGUGUGGCAAAUUUUAUGUAUCCAAUAGUUGCUGAAUAUGGUAUGGCUGUAGAAAUUGAUUCGAAUGGUCGAAUAAUAAAUUCAUUGCAUUCACCAGAUGGCUAUACAAGUCAAUUAUCUGAAACUACAUUCGAUAUUCUAUUCUAUACGACUGUCAUAUCAAUAAUAUUCGGUCUAUUACCGGAUCAAUUUUUCAAUGAUUUUCCCAUCAUUCCAAUGAAAUAUGAUAAUGAACAUUUUUAUAAAGGACUUUAUGGUUUCGAAUGGAAUGAUCAUCUAGUCAGUAAAGCGAAAAUGAUUGCCAUUAACCAGGUUCAUGGUCCCGAAUCUUUGGCCGAUAUUGGCGAUUAUAUUUACACCGGUAUUCUUGGUGGUCGUAUCGUUCGAAUUCAUAAACAAACUGAACAAAUAGAUGAAAUUGUUCGCUAUAAUAAUUCGAAAGAAUGUCAACACGAAAAAUUAAAAGCUGGAAAUUGUGGACGAUUUCUUGGACUACGUGAACAAGGCGACAAUCUUUAUGUUCUUGAAGCAAGUACUGGAAUCUACCGGGUUGAUCUGAGGAAAGGAGAAUUAAUUCAUUUAAGUAAACAUUUGAUCCCCGAAAAUGAAUCGGCAAUCAUUAAUGAUCUAGUGUUUGAUCCAAAACACUCGGAAAUUGUUUACAUUACCGUUUCAAGUAGUAAAUGGUCAUUAGAUCGUAUUGCAUGGUCCAUUGUUGAUCACGAUAAAUCGGGUUAUGUUCUGGCACUAAAUCUUAGCACAGGACAAUCCCAUAGAAUAGCUGAUGGAUUUGCAUUGGCUAAUGGUAUUGAAAUAACAGCUGAUCAAAAAUAUCUACUCAUUUGUCAAACAACAGAUUUUUCAAUUUUGAAAGUUGAUUUGGAUAAUGUUCGAAAAAUAUUUCUUUCGAAACAAUCGGCACUGAAAGCCGAUCAAUUAGAAAUAUUUGGACAACGUUUGCCCGGUGAAGUGGAUAAUAUUCGUUUGGAUAAAUCGACCGGUGAUCUAUUGAUUGGUAUGUUCACGGUUCGACCAUAUAGCAAAGUUUUACGCGAUUAUCUGGCACAAUGGCCCUUUAUACGUAAAUCAUUUGCACGUACUGCCUAUGCGCUUUAUCUCCUAUUGGAUUAUAUCGAUGCCAAAGUCAUUUCGAACGCUGCAAUUGAACAAUUAAGAGAUGAUCUUUAUACUGGUCAUAUUGUUUAUAAAGCAUUACCACAAAGAGAUGGUGCCGUUAUCCGUUUAGAUUCAAAAACUGGUCAUAUUAAACAGAUAUUUGGAUCAUCCAAAUUUUUCGGUAUAUCCGAAGCAAUCAUCGAUACUCAAGGUGACUUAUAUUAUGGUUCAUUUCGUAAUUCAUUCAUUGGUCGAAUAUCCAAAAAUGAUCAUCAAAGCUAAUGAUUGAUUUGUUUCAAUAAAUUUUUCUAUUACCAAAAUAAAAGCUCAAUUUGUUUAA